GGUGUGGACGCUUCAUUGGAAUCUUUUUGUCUUUUUUUUCUCUGUCGAAGUCAUGUUGUUAAUCAUUAAUCACACAAAUAAUUAAUUAUUAACAACAUACCCCUCCUGAUAGGGGCCACCUUCCGCCAGGCAAUUAAUUUAAUUAAUUAAUUAGUUUAUUAAUUGCUAAUUUACUACUAAAUUUCUACUAUAUACGGUAGCCGCUCAACCCAUCCACCUCUCCCCAGCCCUACCCUCUCCCCCCCUCUUACCCCCCCCCCCCCCCUCCCCCCUCCCCUCCACCACAACCACCACCCACAUGCCCAACCCUCCCCUCUUUGCUCUCUAUGACCUACUUUUGCUGCUACCAAGUUUGUAUGGUCAUGGCCUCAUCUUGAUUAAUAAAUACACACCCUAAGGAAAAAGGUACUCUUCUUCUCUCCUUGCAGAAAGAAUUAACUUAAAGGUUUUGAAAUUUAUUUCCUACAACCCCCAUCUCUUCUUCCCCCACUCCCUUCCUCCCAUUCCCCCUCCCCCUCACCCCGUUCGCCCUCUCUACGAGAAAUAGUCAGCCCUGUCCCAUGCCCUUUCCUUGUCCUUCCUUUCCCUCUCCUACCCGUGCACGGGCCCGAGACGAAGCAGAAGGGUACACGUGGCCCCGAGACGAACCAGAAUUGCUGCACGUGGGCCCGAGACGAACCAGAAGGGUACACGUGGGCCCGAGACGAACCAGAAUUGCUGCACGUGGGCCCGAGACGAACCAGAAUUGGUACACGUGGGCCCGAGACGAGCCAGAAUUGGUACACGUGGGCCCGAGUCGAACCAGAAUGGUACACGUGGCGCGCCGAGGGCAUUAACACGUUGACGACAAGGAAACGAUCAUGCUGACGAUUGUUCAUGAUGAUGAAGAGGAUGAGGAUGAGGAUGCUGAGACGUAUUUCGAGGAUGAUGGUGCUGAUGACGACGAUGAUGAAGAGGAUGAGGAUGAGGAUGAAGAGGAUGAGGAUGAGGACGAGGAUGAGGAUCACGAGCAAUUGAUGAUGACGUCAACGGAAUUGAUCAUGGAAGCGCAUGACCAGUCGUGUGAGGACCAUGUUGGUGAUGAUGAUAAUGAUAAGGAGGGCAAGGCAAGGCCAGACAAGUGCAGCAAAUUUGGGAUAUAAGCGGGGGGGGGGUCCAGGUGGAGGGGAAGACAAGAAGCACAGGGAGAGGAGGAAAACCCUGGCAAGAAGGCCAAAGGUUGAAGAGGAAGACGAUGAGAAAGGGCGCAGAGAGUCAGCGAGGCGAUGACAAAGCACCACAAAUAGGCUGUUGCAUACACAUGAGCGUUUUCUCCUCUCUUUUCACAGGGAAUCAAAACCACCGAUCGAUUUAUAAUCCACUCAUCCAGGUAAUCAUAAAGUACAGGUCAGAAAUUUUCUCUCUCUCUCUCUCUCUCUAACCAACAAGGCAUUGGCACAGUUGCACUGCUCGCUCGCUAUAUUCGGGGUGAGAAUCUACGAAGAAGAGACAGACAGUGCUCUUCCUUCUCCUCUCUCUUGCUCUCUCUCUCUUUCUCUCUCUCUUUCUCUCUCUCUCGGACCCUGUUCACCUGGGCGAAGGAUAAAAAAAACUAGACUUGGAUUAAAUGACACGACGGCAGGAUAAUGACGAAAUCAGUUCCCUCACUCGUCGCCGCCCACGUGUCACUCGCUUUACGUGCCACCGCCAAAGAAGGGUAGAAAUCGACCUCUGAUAAGAAAAAAAGCAAAGUGGACAAAUGAGGGGGGCUCGGAUUCAGAGUGAA